AUGCGGGCGGAAGCCUGGAUUGUGACAUUUCGAGGGGUUCAGGUCGGUUUCGGGAUCUGUUUUGGAUCGGGACAAAAAACAGGGCAAGAACCUGGCAGGGCUGGAAUCCGGGGAAUGGCAUGGGGGCACUUGAGCUGCAAUACACGCCGUUUCAAUAGCGCCAAACCGUUAAGCCACUUGGAACGUUCUAGGAGGACGACGAUGCCUCCGGCGCAUCUCAAGAACGGUAACAAAAAGGGGCUCGUCCACCAUGCGGGUGACAAAGUCAGCAACCCACAGCGUGAGCGGCAGGAGGAUGAUGUUGGGCAGCAGGAAGGCGAGCUCAAGGCCCAUGGGCCCGUUCAUGGGCAGGGGGAAGAGGUUGGCCCAGUGGGCGAUGGGGUCGGCCUUGCCAAAGGACGCGCGGGGCCAGCCGGCGGCGUAGUAGAGGCGGUCGCCGAGGGUGCCGAUGAUGGGCCCGUGGACGAGGUAGAGCGCGUACGAGAUGCGGCCGAGGAACUGGCAGAAGCGCGUCUCGAAGAAGCGCCGCAGCCAGGGAAUGCGCGGGAUGCACGCCACGAUCAUGUUGCCCGCGAAGAAGAGGUAGAACCACUUGUAGUCGAAGACGGCCUGCGGGUUGAGGAACGACAGGUAGUACCACCCCCGGCUCCCCCGCAGGUCCGUGAUCUCCCGCGUCCGCGACGGCACGCCGGCGAGGAACAUGCCGAUGAUGAAGAGGUGGUAGUAGAUGAAGGUCUUGUAUGGCUCCAGUCGGCGGAGCCACCGAGGGAAGUAGCCGUCCUUCUUUGCGAGCAGGUCCAGGUCGCACUGCAGCAUGCCGGCCAUGAACAGCGCGCAGUAGUAGCCGUCGACGAUGUAGAGGAAGUAGUAGGCAAGGCCGAGGAGGCAGAGCAGCCGAGCCUUGUGCGUCGCCCGCGCCAGCGCCAUGCAGGCCAUGUAAACCACCACCGACCCCCGCAUCUCCAGCGCAAUGGACCAGAGGUGGGAGUUGGAGUGCAUCCACGGCCAUCCCUCCUUGAAGAGGAAGCUGAAGUUCUUGAACUCGACGUACCAGUUCCAGAUCUCUUCCCCGACCGUGCCCUUGGCCUCGGUCUGCGCGGUCCAGAGACCGAACAGGUGCCAAGACAUGAUGUAGGCGAACGUGGUCACGAUGAUGGGGAUAUAGAGCCGGAACCAUCGGCGGAAGAGGGCGGACGCAAGAUUGUCGAAGAGCUUGAGAUGCUCACCAGAGUGGAUGAGGGAUAG